AUGGCAAUUCAUUUUCUAUUUCUACUUUCAAGACAAGGAAAAAUCAGACUUAACAAAUGGUAUCAAACCAUAUCUCAAAAAGAAAAGACUAAGGUAAUGAGAGAACUUACAACACUUAUACUUCUGAGAAGACCGAAGAUGUGUAACGUGCUUGAAUAUAAGGAUAUUAAGGUUGUUUACCGGCGAUAUGCAUCUCUUUUCUUUAUUGUUGGAUGUGAUAGUGACGAUAAUGAAUUACUCAGUUUGGAGAUCAUUCAUAGAUUUGUUGAAUUGAUGGAUAAGAUGUAUGGCAAUGUAUGUGAAUUAGAUAUCAUUUUUGGAUUUGAAAAGGCAUAUCAUGUUCUUGAUGAGUUGUUAUUGGAUGGGGUUGUACAGGAGUCUCUGAAGAAGGAAGUAUUGAAGAAAGUUGCACAACAAGAUGAAUUAGAGAACAUGGAUGAAUUUGAGAACAUAAUGGUAUAA